ACUUAUCUUUACAGGCACUUUGGUCCAUCAACUUCGUGUCAUCAAAUUGUCACGCCAAUAACUACGAGUCCAGGCCUAUACUUCGACAAAAUUAAUAAUCUAAAAUUCACUAAUGAUAACUGGAACGUCAUAACCUAUCUAGACAUUAGUAGAAUACAUUCUCAUUUUACUAUUGUAGAAUCAUUAUUUUCUAGAGUAAAUACUUAUUGCAAAGAUUUUAGUUCUUCAAAAAUCCAACAAGAUUGUUUAAAUGCGUUGUCAGCAUUACAAAAUCAACAUGAUAACAAUGUUAAAAAGUAUUCCUCUGUCUCGUAUUUAGUUAAUAGUAAUAAAAGAUACAAACGCGGUCUCAUAGACGCUGGCGGAUCGUUACUAAAAACUUUUUUCGGCACUCUGGAUGCAGAGGAUGCUCUCAAGUUCUCUAAUGCAAUUGAUCAAGUAGAAACAGAUGAAAAACAACUAGCGCAUUUAAUGAGAGAUAAUAUUCACGUCAUUAAGUCAACUAUUACUACAUUCAAUAACUCUAUCUCUAAAUUAAACGAAAAUGAGCAACGUUUAAAUAAAAAUCUCGAGGUCAUUGAUAAAGGACUUCAACUUAUUUCCAACUCUAAUGAUAAGCUGGAAAUUAAGUCUAACAUUAAUUCACUAUUAAGUGCUCUUGAAAGUAUUACACUAGUUUACAGUACAUUUGUUGCCGGGAUUUUUUAAGCUGUUGUUGACUACUCAUAUUGAACCAUAUUUAAAACUAUUAGUAGUUUUUUUUUUAUUAGCUCUAGUUUUUGAGUUUCAGCUAAGUGCGGUUUAAAGAGAAAACACGUGUAUUUACCUAAAAGAAUAUUUAUUUAAAAAUUAUAUUAAUUGUUAAGUUCCAAAAAACUUCGCUUUAAAGCUCUUCUCUUAUAUGUAGAUUUAGGGAAAUGGCGUAUCAGAGACCAGCAAUAGUCAGACAUCAUAUUUACAUCCCAGAAACCCUGAUAACGUUCUUCCAUGACACGUAAAUCUUGAUGCAUACGCUCUUCCUGCUCUUCGCUCAUAUCUCCUAAAUUUUCCGGAAAUCUGUCCAGAUGACUGAAGAGGAAGUGAAAUUUUAUGCUUAUAUUGCAUCCCAUAUCUCUUAAUUGUAAAAGCAGGUCUUCGACAAGUUCAACAUAAUUUUCAUUUUAAUUUUUCAAAGUUCAAUAUAAUUUUUAUUCUCUGAAAGUUCAGGUGAAUGCUGCACUGGACGCUGAACACAUGUACUACUUGGGUUUUCCCAUUUAGCCCGAUUUUUGGUGUUUAUGCUGUUUAUGAUCACGCUACAAAAGUAACAGUCGUUGAGAUGAUUUGUCAAUUCUUUCCAAAUAGUUGGUGUUUUAAGUAUAAAAGAACUUCUUUUACCACUUUUCCAUAAUCUUAAGUAUUCAACGCAAGAUUUACAAACACAAUCAGGAGCCUAAGAUUUGUCAUUUUUAUCCAACAACAUUCCAAAAUAUAAAAAAUAAGUAUUUUUGAGCGUCUCUGAUGACAUUUCUCCUCUUCUCAAACACAUAUUCUCCACAUAAGUAACAAACAUGGUUUGGAUUGUUCAAACAUUGCCUCCUUGAACUACUCGUGAUGUAAAAACUUCACAUAUUUGUAUAAUUACAAUAAAAUACGUAUUUCAGCGACUGAAAAAGGUUCAGAAAAGAGAAAGUCAAUAACAAGUAAAGUCGAGCUACAAAAAAAUUUUUGCGGGUGUAAUUAAUAAAAACUAAACAUAAGUGAAUGUUACCAGCCAUUAAAUCCACGGCAACAGGCAAAAAGUUUGAUUUUGUAAACUAGUGUUAUUAU